AUGGGACGCUCCGAGACUCGCCAGAGCUUUAUCGCGAAAUCCUGCUUUCCUACCGGCCUUCCGUGGGCCUCUAGUGAGAACGACGGAAAGGGACCUUUUGAGGCGAGUCUCUUCCAGGCCCCGGAUUUCACAAUUGUACAUGCACUCGCGUGUUGCGCGAGCGUUGUCUGGGAUGGUGUCAACCUGCCCAACUAUAGUGACAUCCGGGAGACCUGUGGCUUGAAGAAUAUUCAGUUCUGGAACAGGAUGGCUAUCAGGGUCGAGUCACACCCACUCUCUCGCCACGUUCAUCCAUCUGAGGCAAAGCCGUUGAAAGCUUCCACCCAGAUGGUAAACUUUGUCACAGCAUCGAUUCACGAGUUGAUCGGGCACGGUAGUGGAAAGCUGUUAAGUGAAACGGCGCCAAACGUUUACAAUUUCAACAAGGACCGCCCCCCGACAAACCCCUUGACCGGCCAAGCCGUUGAGUCGUGGUAUAAGCCGGGACAAACAUGGACUAGCGUGUUCGGUAAACUGGCAAUAACGGUUGAAGAGUGCAGAGCAAACCUGAUUUCAUACUACCUUGCCGACGAGAAGGAAGUCCUUCGCCUCUUUGUCUUGGAAGAUGAAGCCAGCAUUCCAGACUGUCAGUGCAACACUUCGCCCUCGUGCUCCAAUUCUUCCCCACGGUAUCCACUAAUACUCAAUGUUAGUCAUCCAUUAUGUGUACCUGACGAUCGGGACCAAGGGCAUCGACGCCCUCGCCUCGUUUAA